AUGUUUUUUUUUAAGUUCCUAGCCCAUGAGGACGAGUAUAAAUGGUGCGACUACAUAUUUCAGAAUAAUGUCAAAAAGCAGAAAGAGUUGGAGAAGAAUAUAGACCCCGGCAAUCCGAACUAUCAAUUCUUGCUCAUGAUACGAGAAUAUCAAUCCCAGAUUGACUAUCGUCCACUCAAAAUGAGUGAUCAAGUGGUUGACAAUAGGAUUUCUGUGUGCGUUAGGAAAAGACCACUCAAUAAGAAGGAAAUCAGUAGAAAAGAGAUCGAGGUAAUAACAAUUCCAAAUCGUGACCAUCUUAUCGUUCACCAACCGCAAGUCAAAGUUGACCUGACAAAAUACUUGGAUAAUCAGAAGUUUCGAUUCGAUUAUACCUUCGAUGAGAACACCUCCAAUGAGAUGGUUUAUAAAUUCACAGCGCAGCCGCUCGUCAAAACGAUUUUCGAGCAGGGAUUUGCUACAUGUUUUGCAUAUGGGCAAACGGGUUCUGGAAAGACUCACACUAUGGGUGGGGACUUUACAGGAAGGAAUCAGAAUUGUGCCAGUGGUAUUUAUGCCCUCACGGCUAGUGACGUCUUCAAGAUGCAACAUUCUCAACAAUACAGAAAACUUAAUUUAUCUGUUAGCUGCAGCUUUUUCGAAAUUUACGGCGGGAAGGUGUUCGAUUUACUGAAACAUAAGGCGCUCUUACGAGUUUUGGAAGACGGCAAAAAAGAAGUGCAAGUGGUUGGUCUCCAAGAGUUACCAGUGUCGUCCGAGAGUGAUGUACUGGAACUCAUUCGACAAGGUACCGAUAUGCGCACUGCGGGUGCAACGUCUGCAAACUCUAAUUCAAGCAGAUCGCAUGCCGUUUUUCAAAUUGUGCUUCGAAAAGAUAAAAAAUUGUGGGGGAAGUUCUCACUGAUUGACCUAGCGGGUAAUGAACGUGGUCAAGAUACCGGUAAUUCUGAUAGGCAAACGCGGCAUGAGGGAGCUGAAAUCAACAAGUCACUUCUGGCUCUUAAGGAGUGUAUCCGCGCCAUGGCGAAAAAUAGUCAACAUGUCCCGUUCCGUACAUCAAAGCUGACUUUGGUGCUGCGCGACUCGUUUAUAGGAGAAAAGGCACGAACCUGUAUGAUAGCAAUGAUCAGUCCUGGCAUGUCUUCAUGCGAACACACAAUCAACACCUUACGAUAUGCGGAUAGGGUAAAGGAGCUUGGAGCUGAUGAAGGCGGUAGUUCCCCACCGAUGGGCGAUGACGAAUUGAUGUUGCGAACCGAUGGAACUGGUGAUGAUGGAGAUAACGAAGAUGCUGAUCUUUCACUUGUUUGCAGUAGAAAUGUGAGCAAAUUUAAUGUUGUCCUUCACCUAUGGAAUAAGAAAUUCUGUAACUUAAGGGGACCGAUAAAAAUACAUUCGACAUGA